AAAACAGAGGCAGUUAGUUCGGAUCGUUUGUCUGUUUCGAAUUGGAUUCCGUAUUUAUUUCCCAUCGUUGGUGUCAUCUCUUCACCCUUUGCUUCUCUUCUCUUUUCCUCUCACAAAUCAAUCCAAUCGAGGCCUUUUUCACUGAGUUCCGACCAUGGCCGAAUCGGUGGAACUGCCGAGUCGCUUGGCGAUUCUCCCUUUCAAGAACAAGGUUCUCUUACCUGGCGCCAUCAUCAGAAUCCGCUGCACUUCCCCUACCAGUGUGAAGUUGGUGGAACAAGAACUUUGGCAGCGAGAAGAGAAGGGGUUGAUUGGCAUCCUGCCAGUCCGUGAUGCUGCUGAAAUUAAGCCAGUAGGUCCUACCGUAUCUGAAGGCACUGAUUCUGCAAAUCAAAACACAAGAGUUCAAGGUGGUUCAUCGGAUUCUCAUAAGCUUGAUACAAAAAAGCAGAAUGAUGUUGUUCAUUGGCACAAUAGGGGGGUAGCUGCCCGACCCUUACAUUUAUCAAGGGGAGUGGAGAAACCAAGUGGGAGGGUUACAUACACAGUUGUUCUUGAAGGUUUGUGUAGAUUUAGUGUACAGGAACUGAGCACAAGAGGAAUAUACCAUACUGCAAGGAUAACUUCCCUUGAAAUGACUAAGACUGAGCUGGAACAAGUGGAGCAAGACCCAGAUUUCAUAAUGCUGUCUCGCCAAUUCAAAGCUACUGCUAUGGAGCUUAUUUCUGUUUUGGAGCUGAAACAAAAAACUGGUGGAAGGACAAAAGUCCUUUUGGAUAACGUUCCAGUUCACAAGUUGGCUGAUAUAUUUGUUGCUAGUUUUGAGAUAAGUUUUGAAGAACAAUUAUCUAUGCUGGAUUCAGUUGACCCCAAAGUGAGGCUUUCAAAAGCAACUGAGUUAGUUGACAGGCAUUUACAGUCAAUUCGUGUGGCUGAGAAAAUUACACAAAAGGUUGAAGGACAAUUGUCAAAAUCUCAGAAAGAAUUUCUUUUGCGCCAGCAGAUGAGGGCCAUAAAAGAGGAGCUUGGUGAUAAUGAUGAUGAUGAGGAUGACCUGGCCGCUCUUGAAAGAAAAAUGCAAAGUGCAAGAAUGCCACAGAAUAUAUGGAAACAUGCGCACAGAGAGUUGAGGAGGCUUAAAAAAAUGCAGCCACAGCAACCAGGGUAUAACAGUUCAAGGGUUUACCUAGAGCUUCUUGCUGAUCUGCCCUGGCAGAACGCUAGUGAAGAGAUUGAACUAGACUUAAAAGCUGCACAGAAGCGACUUGAUAAUGAUCACUAUGGUUUAGUGAAGGUGAAGCAAAGGAUAAUUGAAUACCUGGCUGUUCGCAAGCUUAAACCAGAUGCAAGGGGUCCUGUAUUGUGCUUUGUUGGGCCACCAGGUGUUGGGAAAACAUCUUUGGCAUCUUCUAUUGCUGCUGCUUUGGGAAGAAAAUUUGUGCGCAUAUCCCUUGGUGGAGUCAAGGAUGAGGCUGAUAUUAGAGGACAUAGGAGAACAUAUGUUGGAAGCAUGCCUGGGCGGCUCAUAGAUGGAUUAAAGAGAGUAGGUGUGUGCAAUCCUGUCAUGUUGCUUGAUGAAGUUGACAAGACAGGCUCUGAUAUUCGUGGAGAUCCAGCUUCAGCAUUGCUAGAGGUUCUUGAUCCAGAACAAAAUAAAUCAUUCAACGAUCACUAUUUGAAUGUUCCUUUUGAUCUAUCCAAGGUAGUCUUUGUUGCUACGGCAAAUAGGUUGCAACCCAUUCCUCCACCACUUCGUGAUAGGAUGGAAGUAAUUGAGCUUCCUGGAUACACACCUGAGGAAAAGCUCCACAUAGCUAUGCAGCAUUUGAUUCCAAGAGUUUUAGACCAACAUGGAUUGAGUUCCGAGUUUCUUCAGAUUCCAGAGGCAAUGGUUAAGCUUGUCAUUCACAGAUAUACUAGGGAAGCUGGUGUGAGAAAUUUGGAAAGGAAUAUAGCUGCCUUGGCUCGAGCUGCUGCAGUAAGAGUUUUAGAGCAAGAACAAGUAGUUCCAUUAAACAAAGGGAUGCAAGGACUUACUACACCCCUUGUGGAAAACAGACUGGCUGACGGUACUGAAGUUGAGAUGGAAGUGAUACCUAUUGGUGUCAAUAGUCGGGACAUCACAAACACAUUCAGGAUUGCCUCUCCAUUGGUUGUUGACGAAACUAUGCUUGAAAAAGUGCUUGGGCCCCCAAGAUUUGAUGGUAGUGAGGCUGCCGAACGUGUGGCUACUCCUGGGGUCUCUGUUGGGCUAGUUUGGACUGCUUUUGGCGGAGAAGUUCAGUUUGUGGAGGCUACAGCAAUGGUUGGGAAGGGUGAACUGCAUCUUACUGGACAGCUUGGUGAUGUAAUAAAAGAAUCAGCUCAGAUUGCUCUAACAUGGGUAAGGGCAAGGGCAACUGAUCUUAGGCUGGCUGCUGAGGAGGGAUUUAGUCUUUUGGAGGGUCGUGAUGUACACAUACAUUUUCCAGCAGGUGCUGUACCUAAAGAUGGGCCCUCAGCUGGUGUGACUUUGGUCACGGCAUUAGUAUCACUUUUCAGUCAGCAAAGGGUGAGAUCAGACACGGCUAUGACUGGAGAGAUGACGUUGAGAGGUCUAGUCCUACCCGUUGGUGGUGUCAAGGAUAAGAUACUAGCUGCACAUCGUUAUGGUAUUAAGAGAGUUAUCCUGCCUGAAAGGAACUUGAAGGACUUGGUUGAAGUACCAUCGUCAGUGCUAGCCAAUUUGGAGAUUUUGCUCGCAAAACGAGUGGAAGAUGUGUUGGAGCAUGCUUUUGAUGGGGGGUGCCCUUGGAGGCAACACUCAAAGUUAUAACAGCAAUUGUGUUUCAAACCCACACCAUUGUGUUUCAAACCCACACCAUUGUGUUUCAAAUCAUUAAUGGCUUGUAUAUCAAUUCAACAACAUACGGUCAAGAUUCUCCUUCUGAUCCCGGGGUCGAGUCCAAAUACAUUGACCUAUUCAAGUGGCCGUAAUUGAGCAAAACUCAACAGAUCAACAAUUUGGAUGUCAGGCGACAUCUCCAUAUAUCAUUGAAAAUUCACUUCACCAUAAUUUUACUGUGUAAAUGCUUUAGCUUGAGAUCAGCUAUUGUGUAAGGUGACAUUUUAAGUGCUCUUCACGCAACAUACCCCCGCUCACUCUUUGUAAAUUAUUUACCUUCUCACCAUACAUAUAUAUAAUUUUUUUUUUGUAAUGUUGUGCAUAGAUAAUUAACUUUAUCUAACAAGACUGUUUCCUCUCUCUUUAA